AGACUUUCUACUUACGGCAGAUGUCACAGCCCUAAGAAAAUUGUUCAAAUUUUUUUUUAUUUCGGACAUGAAAUUUUAUAAUUUAUUAUUUCAACAUAAGACUGUCCACAUGUAAUUUCUAUUUUCGGACAAGCAGCUUCGGACAUGGGUAGCUUCAAAAAUCUUAUUUACAAACUUCUUUUCGUUUCGUUUUCUUUUCCCUGAAACAACCAAACCUUCCAUUCCAGUUUUUGCAAUUAUUUGAAAUAAUAAUUCGCCCAUAUCACUGGAUUUAUUAUAUCUAAGUUUCCCGAAUACAAUAUUUAGCAUUAAUAUUUUCACACGGUGGCAGUAAGUCAAAUCUUGAUAUUGUGAAUACGCGCUGAACAUUCCAUUGUUUAGAUAAGGAAACCGAAGUUGAAAACCCGGAAAUCUAACUCGUACAUUAUGUUCUUUCGAAUUCUUUCCAGGAGAAAUAUUUGGAUCAAAUCAAUGAAAUUGCUGUUUUGCAUUGGAACUAUAAUUAUUGUUUAUGAAGGCUUUAUUUCAAGACAAUCCAAAACUGUUCCAAAAGUGAAAGAAUAUGAUUCAUUUUUUGAUUCUCUCCAAACAGAACGGAAAAAUCGCAUUGCAGAUGUUUGUCAGAAAGAAAUGUCUAAAGAUCAAAGUCUAAACCAUGCAUCAGGCAAUUUUUUAUUUUACUCUUCUUUGAAUUUGUCUUACUGUGUCGUGGCUAAAGUAGGGUGUACCUUCUGGAUAUCUAUUAUUCGCUUUCUUCUUCGAGACUUUCCUGAAAACCUUCUCAAAACCCAUCCACUGGAUUUAACCAAAUAUAACGUCCACAGCGCAAGUAAACGGCUUAAACAUUUGACGAAAGACGUCGGAUAUUCAUAUUUAGUAAAUUCAACAAAAUUCUUUUUUGCCAGGAAUCCGUACUCGCGCCUUUUAUCUGGUUAUAUGGACAAAAUGAUGCUACCGGGCUAUUGGACUUCACUUUCCGUGGAUAUCGUUUCACUUACGAGGAACAAAACAAACACCAAGUGUGUUAACGACAUAACUUUUAGAGAAUUCUUACAUUACGUUGUCGUCUCAGAAACCAAGAAUUUCCACAGAAAUGGUCACUGGAUUCCAGUGUAUAAACUAUGUAAUCCUUGUAAAUGGAAGUUUGAUUAUAUUGGAAAACAAGAAACAUUUACGAAAGAUGCUAAAGUUAUUCUCGAAUAUUUUGGUUUAAAUUAUAUGAAAAACAGAAGUUAUUUACAAAAUAUGUUGCAUCAGACAUAUUCCCAAAGCGAAUAUACCUUUAGUUUCGCCAAUGUGGCAAACAAUAUUUGUAAUCAGUCGAUAGAAUUCAUUGCCAGGCGGUUGUGGUAUGUCUAUCAAAUGCAGGGUUAUAUACGUAACACGUCUCAAUUUAUUAUGCCACGUCUUGAACAGGGAGAGAAGCUUACUCUUGUGACGUUUCAAAAAUUAGUUGAACACGAAAUAAUUAGCAAUACUAUAACAUCUCUGGAAUCUUCAAAUCAGAGAAAAAAUUUUUGGCGGGAGUUUUUCUCAAAAAUUCCUACAACAUUGAUUAAGGAGAUUCAAAAGGUAUAUGAGUUAGAUUUUAAAUUAUUCGAUUACUCGUUCGAUUCCUACCAAUAAUAAACAACAGAUACGUUCAAAAUGUGCCUUGUUUUGGUGUAAUAACAAUCACUAUCAAGCCGCUGUCUUUUGUAGUGUUUUGUUCGAAUCAGUGACAAGAGGAUUUAGUGGCCUGUAUUCAUUGCGUGUUACAAGGGAUCAUCGAACCUUUGCCCUCGCCCGCUCUGGAAGGAAAGCAGGUAAGACCAAAACAAGACUGUUUUAGAAUAGAGCAUAAGGUCUUCUCGUCCUGCAAUCUUUCUUCAUAAAGAAGGCUUCAAAUAAAGAAAAGGAAAUGGUGAGUAUAAAACAUAUGAGAUGCAGACAUUAAAAUAACUCUGUUUAGUUUACCCUGGACAAAGGGCGAUGUUCCUGACGGUCACGUGCUCAUGCGACACCUUUACCUUGAUUCCCAAAGCGCGGAGCAGCGAACGAGGAUAUAUAAAGCAAAUGUCUUCCUCAACAAAAUAAAAAAAA